CCUGCCUGACAGCGGCCAGUUGGUACGCCCCGCGCCGUAGUGUCCGAAGAGACAAGUGGUCGAUAGCCGGAAUCCCUCGGAGACAUAGGGGUUAAAAUUGAGCUCCGUGACUCUGGGAGGAGAAAGACCGCAUGAAGCAGUUUAGCUAAACAGUCCCAGCUGAAGAGCUGGACAAUGACCGGUCACUGUACGAGCUAGACCAUAUCUGUAUUGUGGCUGUAUCCAGUUCUGCUCCUUUAGCAUCAUCCCAAGCACUGAGCAGCAUCAACAUGAACUCCUCGGCAGCAAACAUCAACAGCAAACGCCUUCCAUCGGAGGGCGAGCCAGGCCAGCGGGGAGCAGACGUGGACACGGCAGGCCAGCAGCUGAGGCUGAAGGAGCGGCGCUUCUUUGAGGAGGUGUUCCAGCACGACGUGGACAUGUACCUCUCCGCCGCACACCUGGCCAUCCGGGAGCACCGACGACCUCCCAUCGGCAGCAUAUCCUCCAUGGAGGUGAACGUGGACCUUCUGGACCAGAUGGAACACUUUGACAUCUCAGACCAGGACGCCUUCGAUGUGUUCUUCAGCUCUGGAGAAGAGAGCAUGCUCAACUCUCCACUGCCAGGUCAGGCGCCCGGGAACAACAACAACAACAACCACCACGGCGAGGUCGUCCACCACGGACUCUUCCGCCACGUGCUGGAGGGGCUCGACGGCAAGUCCCGCGUGUCCUCCACCUCCUCCGAGUCCUCCACCAACAGCCAGAGCCCUGCCGCCAACGGCAACGGCAGAGACACCCCCCUGGCGUCUCUGUCGGACGAGGAGGGGGAGGGGACGGAGAGCAGCGGGGGGCUCUACGGCGCUACGCCCACAGAGAGAGACACAUCAAAGGCGCCGUCGGCCUCCUCCACGACGACCUGAGGAUGGACGUGACCGUCGGAUCCGAGACACUGUGGGAUCGCUGCAAAAUGAGCGCAGUAGAGGGAGAGCCACGGAAUGUGUGUGGGUGGGUGUGUGUGGGGAUAAGGUACUAGAAUUUUGAUUUGGGAUGAAAUAUAGUGAGUAUACAUUCCCAGUUUCGUUUUGUAAAAAAAAAUAUAUAUAUACUAUUUUCUGUACAAUAAAAACUGUGAUGGAUAUGGAAGCAAAUCACUGCCAUAAUGUUUUAGUUUCAAAUAUAUAUAUAUAUUUUUUAUCAUUUCACUUGAACUGAGACAACUUUAUAUGCCAUAUUUGAAUUACAAGAGGUAAAUGCAAAACGAAUAAAUUCUAACGACCUAGUUUUCAAACUGUUGUAUUGCAAUGUUAUGAAAUGGCUGCAUUCAAUGGCUGUAAAUGGAAAUUCCAUUCCAUGUACAAAAUUCAAUGGCUUUUCAAUUCAAAACAUUAUGGUUUGUGAUUUGCUUCCAUCAAAAGACAAAUUCACCAAAAUAUCUUAUGAACGACUUAAAACACACCAAUUAAUCUUCUAAAGCUUGGAUUUAAAACAACAGAUAAUAUUGAAGAUAAUCUUCCUUUCAGAAAUGUAUUUUAUCUUCCUUCUUAUAUUAUUACUUAAGAAUAAAAACGUACAAAUACA